GACGUGAAAGCCGUUACACAAAAGUAAUCUUGUUGUUGUUGUUGUUGAUCUCAAAUGGAGAGAAUCAAACAGUGCCCAGACCAGAGACCAAUAAGACGGGAAUACAAGAACAUGUUUAACUGGAGGUAGACAGCACAGUCCUAUGCUUUCUUCAAGACGGGACAGGAACAUAUUAAACUACUAAAUGAAAAUGCAGAGGUAUUUCUUUCAGUCUGUGCUCUGGAACUCAAAAAGAGCAUUCAGUGGUGCCUUGACAAGUCCCGCUCACUUAUUGCCAACGACAUGUAGUAGUAGACUGCUGGUGCUGAGCCCUCACAGGGGCCAGCUGCUACACGCGUCACGGUCCCUCAGUGUGUCCGAACACAGGAAGACAAACCCACAGAAAGAACCGAGGAAAAGUCGCCCGCAUGAAAAACAGUCGCCUGCGGCCCAAGAGAGUCCUGACCAGCCCAACCUUUUUGACCCAACUACUUUGUCAGGAAGCGGGGAGGGGCAGCAAAGAUUGCCAAGUGACUCAAUUCAGGAAACCUAUUAUUAUGAUACUAAACAGGAACAAGAGGCGGCUCCUGUAGAAACCGAUCCCCUCCAGGACAGCUCGAUCAGUCUCUUUCAGCGAUUCAAAAAGACUUUUAAACAGUAUGGGAAAGUUAUGAUUCCGGUUCACCUGUUUACGUCCACUCUAUGGUUCGGUACGUUUUACUACGCAGCAAUGAAAGGUGUUAAUGUGGUUCCGUUUUUUGAGUUGCUCGGACUGCCUGAUAGUUUAUUAAAUCUUCUGCGAAAAUCUCAGGGUGGAAAUGCACUGACUGCUUAUGCCUUGUACAAGAUUGCAACACCAGCCAGGUACACGGUGACCCUGGGAGGAACAUCCUUUGCAGUGAAAUAUCUCCGCACCCAUGGGUAUAUGUCAACACCACCUCCAGUGAGGGACUACAUCCAGGAUAAGAUGGAUGAAACCAGGGAGCGGUUCUCAGAGAAGAUGGAAGAGACAAAAGAAAUGCUUAGUGGGAAAAUGGAAGAAACAAAGGGCAAAAUAUCUGGGAAAAUGGAGGAGACAAAGGACAAAAUAUCUGGGAAAAUACAAGAAACCAAAGAAAAGGUCUCCUUCAGGAAGAAAAAAUAAAGAUUCCACAAAAUAUUGUCCGCGUAAAUGCACUUGGCAAAUACAAACUCAUCCAUUAGCUCAUCCACUGUCUAUGUUCAGAAUUAAAUGUCAGACAAUACACGAGUACCCUCCGCACUGUUAACCAUUGGCACCCAGUGUUUGCUGCUGUCUUUUUUUGUGGUACAAAGUAUGACAAUGAACUGUUUUUAUGUAAAUAAAGUACCUUACUCCAGUUAUAACACAGAUCAGGUACAUAUCUUAACACUAUUAGUGGAGUCCUGCAGCUUAGUGGUUAGACC